AUGGACGCCGAAAAGGAUGUUAUAAUGAAAGACGGAGAAAAUAAUAACGAGGAAACAGCGGCUCUGAGGGCCGAGGUAGAAAGUCUGCGGCGACAACUCGCAGACAUAACUCGGCCCUCAGGGUUACCUCAACAACCGGGGUUACCAAGGCCUAUAAUGAAAGACGGAGAAAAUAAUAACGAGGAAACAGCGGCUCUGAGGGCCGAGGUAGAAAGUCUGCGGCGACAACUCGCAGACAUAACUCGGCCCUCAGGGUUACCUCAACAACCGGGGUUACCAAGGCCGUCAGCGUCGCAGCCGCCGGGGCCACCAAUGUCGCAGCCGCUGGGGCCGUCAGCGUCGCAACCGCCGGGGCCGUCAGCGUCGCAACUGCCGGGACCGCCAAUAUCGCAGCCACCGGGGCCGUCAGCAUCGCAACCGCCGGGACCGCCAUUAUCUCAAAUAGAACGACGGAAUUAUGGCGGGCAGACAAUUACGGAUCAUAACGCAGAUGUGUUAAAGGCGUUGUAA